AAAAAUGGCAUCUCACAUUGUUGGAUACCCUCGCAUGGGACCCAAGAGAGAGCUCAAGUUUGCUUUGGAAUCUUUCUGGGAUGGGAAGAGCAGUGCUGAUGACUUGAAAAAGGUUGCAGCUGAUCUUAGAUCCUCCAUCUGGAAACAGAUGGCUCAUGUCGGGAUCAAGUACAUCCCCAGCAACACUUUCUCUUACUAUGACCAGAUGCUUGACACUACCGCUAUGCUUGGUGCUGUUCCACCAAGAUACGACUGGAAUGGCGGGGAGAUUGGAUUUGACACCUACUUCUCCAUGGCCAGAGGAAAUGCCUCUGUUCCUGCCAUGGAAAUGACCAAGUGGUUUGAUACCAACUACCAUUUCAUUGUUCCUGAGUUGGGACCUGAAGUGAACUUCUCUUACGCUUCUCACAAGGCAGUUGAUGAGUACAAGGAGGCUAAAGCUCUUGGAGUAGACACUGUUCCAGUCCUCAUUGGUCCUGUCUCAUACUUAUUGUUGUCUAAACCAGCAAAGGGUGUUGAGAAGAGCUUCCCUCUUCUAUGUCUUCUUGGAAAAAUCCUUCCCAUCUACAAGAAAGUUAUUUCUGAGCUUAAAGCUGCUGGUGCUUCCUGGAUUCAGUUCGAUGAGCCCACCCUUGUGUUGGAUCUUGACUCUCACAAACUGCAAGCAUUCACUGAUGCUUAUGCUGAAUUGGAGUCAACUCUAUCUGGACUGAAUGUUCUCAUUGAGACCUAUUUUGCUAAUAUUCCCACUGAGGCAUACAAGACCCUUACUACCUUGAAGGGUGUUACUGCUUUGGGGUUUGAUUUGGUUCGUGGAACCAAGACUGUUGAUUUGAUCAAGAGUCAUUUCCCCAAGGGGAAGUACCUCUUUGCUGGAGUUGUUGAUGGAAGGAAUAUCUGGGCAAAUGACCUUGCUGCUUCUCUCAAUAUCUUGAAUGAUCUAGAGGCUGUUGCGGGCAGAGACAAACUAGUGGUGUCCACUUCCUGCUCACUUCUCCAUACAGCUGUUGAUCUUGUUAAUGAGACUAAGCUUGAUCAGGAGAUCAAAUCUUGGCUUGCAUUUGCAGCCCAGAAAGUUGUGGAAGUGAAUGCAUUGGCCAAGGCACUGGCUGGUCAUAAAGAUGAGGCAUUCUUCUCUGCAAGUGCUGCUGCCCAGGCUUCAAGGAAGUGCUCCCCAAGGGUUACCAAUGAGGCUGUGCAAAAGGCUGCGGCGGCUGUGAACGAUUCUGACCACCGCCGUGCAACAAAUGUCAGUGCUAGGCUGGAUGCUCAGCAGAAGAAGCUUAACCUACCAAUCCUCCCCACCACUACCAUUGGGUCCUUCCCUCAGACCAUAGAACUUAGGAGAGUUCGUCGUGAAUACAAGGCUAACAAGAUCUCUGAGCAGGAUUACAUUAAAGCCAUUAAGGAGGAAAUCAAAAAGGUUGUUGAACUCCAAGAAGAGCUCGAUAUUGAUGUCCUGGUUCAUGGAGAGCCUGAGAGAAACGAUAUGGUUGAAUACUUUGGUGAACAGUUAUCUGGUUUUGCCUUCACUGUUAAUGGGUGGGUACAAUCUUAUGGAUCUCGUUGUGUCAAGCCACCAAUUAUCUAUGGUGAUGUCAGCCGCCCCAAGCCAAUGACUGUCUUCUGGUCAUCUACAGCCCAAAGCAUGACUGCCCGCCCCAUGAAGGGAAUGCUUACUGGUCCUGUUACCAUCUUGAAUUGGUCCUUUGUCAGAAAUGACCAACCCAGACAUGAGACCUGCUAUCAGAUUGCUUUAGCCAUAAAGGAUGAAGUGGAGGAUCUUGAGAAGGCUGGUAUUAAUGUCAUCCAAAUCGAUGAGGCUGCCCUGAGAGAAGGAUUGCCUCUUAGGAAGUCUGAGCAGGCUUUCUACUUGGACUGGGCCGUCCAUUCCUUCAGGAUCACCAACUGUGGCGUCCAGGAUACCACCCAGAUCCACACCCACAUGUGCUACUCUAAUUUCAACGACAUCAUCCACUCUAUCAUAGACAUGGAUGCUGAUGUGAUCACCAUUGAGAACUCCCGUUCUGACGAGAAGCUCCUCUCAGUUUUCCGUGAGGGAGUAAAGUACGGUGCAGGAAUUGGUCCCGGUGUCUAUGAUAUCCACUCUCCAAGAAUACCAUCAACUGAGGAGAUUGCCGACAGAAUCAACAAGAUGCUCGCUGUUCUUGAGACCAACAUCUUGUGGGUUAACCCUGACUGUGGGCUCAAGACCCGCAAGUACGCUGAAGUAAAGCCAGCACUCAAGAACAUGGUUGCAGCCGCCAAGCUUCUCCGCACUGAACUUGCCAGUGCCAAGUGAGAAGGCUCAUUAGACAUUGGAGAGUUCAUUCAUCCCAUACCAUAUCUAUGUUACUCAGAAGUCAAAAGAAAAAGCAAAAAAUGAUUUCCGUGUUAUCAUUUUAAUAACUGGCUCAUUACCCUGGGGGAAAGUGAUUUCGCAUUUUGUUUCUUUUAUAAUUGUUUUUCUUUCCCUGUUUUUUUUUUAUAAAGAAUAUGCCUUCAACCUGAUUGAAAGGCUUACAAUUGGUUGGUGUAUCUCAGGUGGAAUGAAAUAUUGUCAUGGUU